AUGAUUAUUGAUUAUAAGUUAUUUGGUGAUGUGGUUUCUUUUGAUACGACAUACAGAACUAAUAAGGAGUAUCGUACACUCGCAAUAUUUGUUGGGUUUAAUCAUCAUAGAGAGGUUGUGAUAUUUGGGACUGCACUUCUAUACGAUGAAACUAUAGAGUCAUUCCAGUGGUUGUUUGAAACUUUCUUUGAAGCAAUGUCGGGGAAAAAGCCAAAUACAAUCUUUACUGAUAAAGAUCCUGCAAUGGCAAAUGCUAUCUCAUUGGUGAUGCCUAAUACUUACCAUCGAUUGUGUAAGUGGCAUUUAAUGCAAAAUGCUUUGAAACAUAUUGGCCAUUUAUUAAGAGAUAAGAAUGGGUUUAGGAGUGAUCUCAAUGCAUGUUUUAAAGUUUGGGAAGAGGAAGAUGAGUUGCUCACUGCUUGGGAUGCUAUACUUCAUAAGUACAAUGUACAUGACAAUUCUUGGCUACAACUUUGGGAAGAGGAAGAGGAGUUGCUCACUGCUUGGGAUGCUAUACUUCAUAAGUACAAUCUACAUGACAAUUCUUGGCUACAACGUUUAUUUGAAGUGAAAGAGAAAUUGGCUAAAGCAUAUGUCAAGAUGUCUUUUUCUGCAGGAAUAAAUUCUACACAAAUAAGUGAAAGUUUGAAUGCUAGCUUGAAGAAUUAUUUACAGUCAGAUUAUGAUAUUGUAAAGUUCUUCACACAUUUUGAAAGAUUAUUGAAUGAUAAGCGCUACAAGGAAUUGUUGGCGGAAUAUAACUUAAGACAAAAGUUACCAAAAAUUAAGAUCUUAUCACCUAUGUUGGUACAAGCAGCAAAGAUUUAUACUUCUCAACCAUUUUUGAAGUUUCAAAAGCAAUACGAAGAGUUCCAAGGAGCUUAUAUUAAGGAGCAUAUCGAAAUAAACUCAUCUCAUGAAUAUAUAGUGUCAUUUUAUGAUAAGCCUCAAGAUCGCAGAGUCAUUUGGAAAUCUUUAGAAAACAAUGUCUCAUGUAGUUGCAGAAAGUUUGAGAGAUGUGGAAUUUUGUGUGGCCAAGCUUUAAAAAUACUUGAUGUUAUGAAUAUCAAGGUACUUCCAGAGAAGUACAUCCUUAAGAGAUGGACAAAAAAUGCAAGGAAUGAGAUUGUACAAGACUUCAAUGGACAUGAAAUAAUAAUAGACACCAAUUUAGAAGUUACAUAUCGAUAUAAGUCUUUAUGCCCCAUGUAUGUCAAGCUUAUCAGUCGAGCAGUUGAAUGUGAAGAAGCAUACAAUAUAGCGUUGGAAAACUAUGCUGAGUUAAGCAAAAAGAUUGAAGAUGUAAUGAAAAUGAAAUCCAAUCUUAGCCAAGUUGAUAAUUUUCAAGAAAAUCCAUUAGAUGAGAUGACAACCAUAAGUGCUAAAGGCAUAAAAAAGAAGCAAGGUUGUAAGGGAAAGCGUCGAAUCAAAAGUUGUACUGAAGUAACUAAAACGAAGAAGAAAAGUAUCAACAAUCAUCCCCCACAAGCAAAUCAGUAUAUUCAUGGUCAGUGUACAACUUCAUCGAUGCAUGGAGCUAAUAGUUCUAAUCCUUUGUCAUAUCGUUAUUCAGACGAGGUGUUGUACGUGCCUCAUUCUACAAGUGCUAAUGACCCUUUAUCACUACAACAGGAUACCGAGAGUAAUUCAAGUCUCCUUACAAGUUCGAACAUCCAUGAUACGACUCUGUGGAAUUUUUUUCCUAACCAUUAG